CUCCCUCCUCCCCCGUGCCCGCCCGCCCGCCGCCAACACCAACAGCACAACCAGCGCACCACCACCCAAGAAAUGGAGCUCAGCCUCCCCCUCCUCCCCGCCUCAGCUCCGCGCGCGUAGCUGCGCCCCGCUCCCCCGCACUCUCGCGCGCGAGCUCCCAUCCAUCCCUGCGCGAGGUGCUGUUUGAGACGCGAAGAUGGCAGCCGUCACAGCUUACAAAUAUCAAGCUCAGGCAUUGAUGAGGGACUACCUGCUAGCCGAUCCACUUGUUCCGUACACCUCGGUGCUCAUGGGCAUUGUCCUCUGCAAGAUGGCUUAUGAUUUCACUCGGAUAUUGAGCUCCUUUUACUUCAAGGGCUAUACUUCAUUAACAAAAAUACAACGCAUCGAAUGGAACAAUAGGGGUAUGUCCAGUGCACAUGCAAUCUUUAUCACAGCUGUGUCGUUAUAUCUUGUUGCGUCGACUGAUCUUUUCUCUGACCGGAUCAAGGGACCUAUUACAUUCCGUAAUUCGAUCAUAUCCACUUCUGCAUUGGGGGUUUCUGUCGGUUACUUCAUCACUGAUCUUGCAAUGAUCUUCUGGUUGUAUCCUUCCCUUGGUGGAAUGGAAUAUGUCCUCCAUCAUACUCUUUCCUUAGUUGCAAUAGCAUACACAAUGUUGUCUGGGGAAGGGCAGUUUUACACAUACAUGGUUCUUAUUUCAGAGACAACCACCCCUGAAAUCAACUUGCGAUGGUUCCUUGACACAGCUGGACUGAAAAAAUCAAGCGCUUACUUGGUUAAUGGAAUUCUGAUGUUUGUUGCAUGGCUGGUGGCAAGGAUAUUUUUGUUCAUAUAUGUAUUUUAUCACAUCUAUUUGCACUACAGUCAGAUUAUGCAGAUGCACGCCUUUGGGUACUACCUGACAUUUCUUGUGCCAUCAGUGCUCUUUGUGAUGAACACAAUGUGGUUCAUGAAGAUCUUAAAGGGUGUGAAGAAAACACUGGCAAAAUGGCCAUGAUGGAUGACGCCAAGCGGAUCCCAGAGCUAACAAGACUUGGCUUCCUGGCAGCACCGUGUGACCUUGAUUUGUAAAGUUAUGAAUAUCAGGUUAACUAGAGAAAGUUAAUGUGUAAAGUAUUAGCAAACAAGUUAGGUUAGAUGAAAUCGCCCUAUUUUCAGCAAAGCUGGAAUUUCAUAACCAGUUUGGUUUGUACCAAAGUUCUAGCACGCUGUUAUGCUUACACCAUCUGCGCCAUGUGUAUAUCCGAAGAGCAUUUGAAUGGAUAGUUUAUUCACCAAAUAGAAUCCCAGCUCUGUGUACUUUGAAUUUGUGA